GAAAUCACUGGGGCAUGCACAGAUUCAGCCUGGUCGUGCAAAUCCAUGGCAGCGAUGCUGCAAGAUUUCCUUGGUAUCCCAUCGACGGUUGGGGACUCUGGUGCAUGAGUUCAGAUCGAGGUGCUGCGAGAUGAACCACAAUGGAUUUCACUAGGGGGCGCCGCAAACGAUCGUUGUAGAUGUGCUGUGCUUGCGAGCCCUGGAGGCACAUCGCCGUUAUGAAUCUGGAAAUUUGAAGGAGUUUCAGAUUGUUUCUAUCUCUUCCAAUGAAUUGCAAUAAGGUUGCUCUUGUUUGUGUCGCGGUGGUGUAGUGCACAAGAUGACGAGGAGUUGGUUUUUUGAAAUUGGACGGUUCCCAACUGGGAGGGUGUUGGAUCGAUGGCCCAUACACAGUUGUGUGUUGUAGGCGAGGAGAAUACAAUUUGGGCCCGUUUGGGUUACAAUGUGAUUGCUGAAAGCGGAUCUCUUGCAGCUCUGUUUGUUUUUGUUUUUGUUACGUAAUUUCUGUUUAUUUUUGUUUUCUGAGAAUGAUAUGUACGCUGGUCGUGGGUCGUGUCGGUUAAUGAGUGGAGACAAUUGUCUUCCCCUUCGUACUCGCCAGACCGCGCAGGCCACUUAGUCCUUGUUGGCUGCUCGAGUACAGAUCCGACACGAGCGUGGCACUAGGGUGUUCUUUGAAAUUGCACGCAAGGGUGACCUUGAAUGGUAGCUGCUGACCUCCACCCGCCCACAGCAGUGUAAAGAUGCAGCCUGUGCUUUUUAUGAGUCUUCUUUCCAAUAAGUGUCUCGGGAAGGGGAGAGUGAGUGAGAGAGAGAGACUCCAGUGGAGAGUCGCGGCGGAGCUCUUGUGGACUGGAGCGAUGUCGUCUAGAAGGGGCUUGAUAUCGCUGGAUCAGCCCCGAAAGAUUGGUCACAAUCUUCCCGUGGUGUCGUUGGAUAGCAUUGAGAAUGUCAGGAACGUGGGUGGGAUGUCCGUGAAGCAUGAGAUUAAUAGGAAGGAUGAAGAAUUCGAUGCGUCUAGAAAGCCGCCCUUCAGCCUUGGCCAGUUACGAGCCGCCAUUCCCAAGCACUGCUGGGAGCGGAGUCUGUCGAGAUCUUUCAGCUAUGUAGUCAGAGAUGUUGCCAUUGUAGUGACGCUAGCGUAUGUGGCGGUAUACUUCGAUAGCUGGUUUCUGUGGCCAGUGUAUUGGUUGGCACAGGGGACAAUGUUUUGGGCGAUCUUCGUUCUGGGUCACGACUGUGGGCAUGGCAGCUUUUCAAGCAACAAGAGCCUGAACAACCUGGUCGGACACAUCCUGCACUCGUUCAUUCUGGUGCCAUAUCACGGGUGGCGCAUCAGUCACAGGACACAUCAUGCCAACCAUGGCCACGUCAAGAACGACGAGUCCUGGUACCCGAUGACAGAGGGGCUGUUUAUCACACUGGAUUUCUGGGGCAAAUUUGGACGGCUGAACUUUCCGGCUACGCUGUUUGCGUAUCCCGCGUACCUCUGGUGGAGAACUCCUGGCAAGUCGGGUUCCCAUUUCAAUCCGUCCAGCGAUUUGUUUGACCCGAGUGAGUGGAAGGAGGUGGCAACGUCGACCACAUGCUGGUUGACAAUGGUUGCCAUCUCGAUGACUUCGGUGUCGCAAGUCGGGUUUCUUUUUGUGUUCAAGCUUUACUUCGUCCCCUACAUCGUCAACGUGAUGUGGUUGGACGCUGUGACCUACCUUCACCACCACGGGUAUGAGAAACAAAUCCCCUGGUACCGAGGUCAGGAAUGGAGUUACCUGCGGGGUGGACUGUCCACCAUCGAUCGCGACUACGGUUUGUUUAAUGAGAUCCACCACGACAUUGGCACACACGUCGUGCAUCACCUCUUCCCUCAGAUCCCGCAUUAUCAUUUGCGUGAAGCUACAGCAGCCGUAAGGCCCUUGUUAAAAAGUUACUACCGCGAGCCCCAAAAGUCGGGUCUUUUUCCUCUUCACCUCAUCUCUGUCAUGAUGAAGAGUUUCUCCGAGCAUCACUUCGUGGCUGAUGAGUGCGAUAUUGUCUUCUAUCAGAAGAGCACAAAUGCUAAGUGAGGUUCUCGAGCCUAGAGAAAUUUCGCUAAUGUUUUUUGCUUCCACCCUACAAAUGUGGAUCUUUUAUCAGGUGGGUCAGUAAUCUUGUAUUCUACAUUAGAAUCGGAAUGGGAGCCUGUAACUGGUAUUAUUGACCAAUUCUGGAGUUAAAAGACGUCAUUUUUGGAUUAUUCUCCACAUGUGGCUCUGUACAAUAAUAAUGAUGAUCAGUUGCAAUUUUAUUUGUUUA